AUGCCUGUUCUAUUUUGCCCCUUGUGCGAUUCUCUUCUCUCAAUCGAAGAAUCUUCUCAUUGCCUUGCACUGAACUGCACUGAUCCAAGCUGUGCAUACCAGUGGUUUGUGACCUCUCCGAUCGUCCAGGAUCACAUUCCGCAUGCUGAUAUGCGAUUACGACUGGAAGAAGAUGCAGUCUUCUCCACUGCUGAUGCUUACAGUUCUUCCGCUCAAAUCGAAGAAAAGUGUCCGAAGUGUGGGCAUAAUCGAGCGUAUUUUGUUCAGAUGCAGACCCGUUCCGCGGAUGAACCUAGCACUACUAAGUACUCCUGCAUGAAGUGCCUGUAUGUUUGGACCGAAAACUGA